AUGUUUAUUGGUGGCCUCAGCUGGCAAACCUCACCAGGUGAGACAAUUAUUCCCCUACAUUUCCCAUGUUUCUUGUUUUGUUGCAAUAAUUGAUUGUGCAUGCUGUGGUCGCGUUCUCUGUGUGUGCAGUAGGCUACUGUAUGGGAUGUUUGGAGUCCCUCUGUUUGCGCACAAGGUUAUUUUAGAUUUCCAAUCAUCUGAAGUCCUCUAUUCGACCCCUGUGUUUUUGAAACACACUGACAACAGUAUGACGACCAUUUGUUAUUUUCUAAUUAUCCGACAUAUUUUCUCUGUUCACAGACAGCCUUAGAGACUAUUUUAGCAAAUUCGGAGAAAUAAGAGAAUGUAUGGUGAUGAGAGACCCUACGACAAAACGUUCCAGGUAAAAGGUUUUUACUUUUGCUUUCCAGUUGGUGAAAUGCUAUCCUACACUUGUGUAGUUUAUAUGCAACAUAUUAACCCGGGCUGUUUGUCCCGCGUUGUUUGUCCCGCGUUGUGUUUGACAGAGAUAUAUUAGCUCAAAAGAUAGCUGCGGGCGAAUGCAAUUUGACAUUGACUUUGGGACUGCACUGCAAUGUUGGUGUAGUGUUUCCCCCCCUCUCCUUUAAAUCAAUAUAACGUCAAAUAACUUAAAUAUCAGUGCCCGCAAUUACUAUAGUAAUCUACAAUUCAGGAGGAUAUUAUCUCUAUCAUUUGAAUUAACAGUAGUUAAUUGUGACAGUGUAAAUAAAUGUGUGCAGUUCUAUUUUUUUCUGCAUGUUGAUGAUAUUCUUGAUAGGCUACCAUAUGUUAAUACUCUGAGAGAAACAGUUGAGCUUAUAUUUCUAUCUUCUCAUGUAGCCUACAUAAAUAAUGUGUGACCUAAUUGUUGUUUCUCUGUGUUUCUUUGUUUUGCAGAGGAUUUGGAUUCGUUACGUUUGCAGAUGCUGCUAGUGUAGAUAAAGUCUUAGCUCAACCACACCACGAAUUAGACUCAAAGACGGUAUGUCUGUGUUUUGAUGUCAUUUGCAAUGAUAUUUUACUGUCUGUGUUUCACGUUUUAAAUGUUCAUCAUUGCCUUUAUUCAUUUCACAGUCAUGCUUGAGUUAUGAUACAGUAAUAAUACUAUAAUAUAAGUUCCACAUAGCAAAAUAAUUCCACAUUGAAACCAACAACAACUGCUGUACAUCCAUGUGUGGCAGGUGGCAUCUCAGAAUACUCACAUGCCAUUUACCGGUCACUGGGUUGGCCCUCUUGGUUAAGACCUAUUGGUAAAUGAUUCAUUUGAUCAAAGCCAUAGAUGUGGAAUUAGCCCAUGAUAUCACCGUGAUCCCCUUCAUGCAAACUAUUGUGGUAAAACACCACUUAGGGGUGAAUCUCAUAUCUGCUCAAUUUCCCUUCUCCUCUGAAUGAAGCUGACACACCCCCUUUCCCAUCUCCCAUUACCGCUCCACAUGUCCACAUAUCCCAUGUCAUUCAUAUGGGCUCUCACCGGCCUCCUCCAUGCAUAUGACCUGUCAGAUCAUACACAUCACUCUAGUCUGUAUAAUGCAUAUCGCAUAAAUGGAAGUGGGAAGUUAAAAAUAUGAUUCUAUUAAAUAAAUAUGAAUGCCCAAAAGGUCCAUUAAUCCUGUAAAAUAUUUGGUAUUUCAUUACAUCAAAUUAUCUAUUAUUAUACAUAAGUGUAUUUGAAAUAUUAGAAGUGUUGCUUUCAAGUUCAAGUCACAGUACAUUGUCAAGUUUGUUAAUUGCCAACACCUCACCAAUUACCAAAACCUAUUCUCUGUCUUAUAAUGUCAACAAACCUGAUGUUUCUCCUAUUAGCUUACUUCAUGUAUUCUUCCAUUAACAGGCAUCCAUACACACACACACACACACACACACACACACACACACACACACACACACACACACACACACACACACACACACACACACACACACACACACACUUCCCCAUUUAUGCUGUUUUAUCAAAAGCCUUGAACUAUUGUGCCAAUGUGGCAGUAGAUCAAUAAUUAAAGGAUGUCAGUAAUUUUUGAAGUGCUGUCCGUGUAGUGGUGGAUUAGACAGAGUUCAGCUGAAAUCAUAUUUGUCUGCGAUUUCUGCUUGGUGGGUGGUGAUAUCCAGUCAUGCUCACACAGCUCUGGAAAUUGAAUAGUGCAUACCGAAAAAUAGAUGCUUUGUUUGCAGCCUUCUGUGAAAGCCAAGUUCAGGUGGGAGAGUAUGUCUUUAAGAUAUAUUUGGAAAGACAAACAUAUUGUACUUCAGCAGGCAGUGUACAAUUACAGUGUGGAGCCGGGCUGAAAGCGGUGCUAGAACUUGUUGCACGGCUGUCCUCAGCUGAUUGGCAAGUCACUGGAGGGUGCUUGUAAAAGCUUUCCAUUUUUAUCUUGAUACUUGAAAGCAAAAGAGGAGCGGGUUCAUGUUUUGAAUGUUAUAAAAGGAAACCAGCAUCUGUAAGCUGUUGCAGACAAUCUUGGGUUGUGCAAUGCAUAUAUCAGGGAGAAAGCCCCAGAGUGCUCUAUUUAAUGUGUGAUUAUUUGAUACACACUCUAUGACAGAUGUUUCCUGUUUAGAGCUCUGCGACAUAUAAUGAUAAAUGGCAUAUAUAAAUGAAAUAAUGGAUAAAUAGCCUACACACAUGCAGUAUAAAUACUGCAGAUUAGCAUGUGUUCUAUAUGUAUUUCUGUAUGGUACGUAUAGGGUGGAUAUACUCUUUAUACAUAUACAUUAGGGAGUUGAAGAACUCUUUCUUUGUGAUAAUGAAUAGCCUAUGCUUUAGUAAGCUUAAUUGAAUCACUCCUUUUCCCCCUCAAGGUGUAGAUAGAAUGCAGGUGGCACAACAGUUGGUUAUUGACAGCACUCAUACCAAUGUACUUUAUUUUCUCUAUAGAGAUGAGAAGUUCCAUCUGGUGUCUUUGCUUGGAGAUGUGUCCUGUACCCAUAUAUGUUGCCAUAACUGAACAACUAAUACGACUCAAAGAUAAACAAUUCUGCCUGACAAACUAACCGUUAGUAAGUAACAAUUGAGUAGCUUGUAAUUAGACAUAUUGUCAAAUAAAACACUGGUAUUAGUUCUGUUGAAUUUACUGUUUUUGAUUAUUUAAUACAAAAGUAUAAAUAAAGCUCUAGCCUUAAUAAAUCCAUUUGUUUUCCAUUUUGUCCAUACAGUGUUUAAUGAAUACGAUUUAAUUUGAGUGAAGUAAACUAUAAUUGAAAUUACAGGUUGUAGCUUGACAUAUUAUUGUAUGCAGACAAGUCUUGAAACCUACAAUCAUGUUGUAAUGUUUUAUUUGUUUAUUUUCUUCCAGAACACUACACAUUUAUUUAUUACUUUUAGUUUAAGUUCCCUUACACUAAGGUGUGUUGUGUAAAUAAUAAUACCAUAUGGCAUAUUGAUAAGCCAGCGAGAAUAGCCCAUGAAAAUCAUAAGGAUUAUCAUUCUAAAAGCACAAUGAUUUAGCAGUUGAAGAGAGUGAGGGAGGAUGUCAUGUUCUUUGUAUGAGCUGAGUAAUUGAAGGACCUAACCUAAAGCAUGGCCCUAUUGAUACUAAGCAAUACUGAGCUCGACAUUUGAUAGUUCCUGAUGUGAUGCUGAAGCAAAAGAGGGCACUUUGCCGGCACGCAAAGGAAGCAACUCUUACAUCACAUAGACCUGAACCAGAAGUUUUCUGCCUUAUAUUACAUUCCAGAAGUCAUUCGGCAGAAGCGCGCACGUGUAGCAUGUAUGUCAUAUGCUGUAUGUACUAACUACAGUGUUAAACAGUGCCUUGCAGUCUCUGAUGCUGUAUUGUACCAGGUGUCUUUUGCAAAAGAGAUUUGAUCUUAGUGAGACUAACCUGGACAUGCAAUACCCUACAAGUCUGCAGGUUUAGAAAGAGGCUGAGGGCUGAUGUAACUUUAAAUAAAAUGUGAAAAAACAUUACGAUUUUCUUCACAUCCUGUAGCAGAAAUGGUACAGUGUUCUUAAACCAAAAUAUUGGAGAUUUUUUACAGCCUACUCCAGUUCCAAGCAGUAUUACAUUUUACAUAGAUAUUCCUCCUUUGUUUUUUUUAGUGGAUGUUCUCUAGUGCUAAUGGUCUCAGUGUGGAAGGAGGGUUACCCCGUGGAGAAAAAUGUCAGCGAGAGAUGUGGACAAUGAGCACAUGUAUGCUUUCAUAAUGCACACACCAUCAUAACGUGGCCACAGCUAUUGUUAAAUCCCCCUGAUAGCCUGAGUUGCUUUCUGUCCGGUUAUGAAAACAGAGUGCUUUCAGACCAGUAUGAAUGUGAAUGGAGACAUAUGGCCAAGGAGAGCCCGAGGCUUCAAAACACACAUGGCAGCCAUUCAGAACAUAUUUUGAAUGUUAUAUUUUAUUUUAUGCUAUAUCCCAUCUGGAAUAGUAUAAGUUAUCUUUUUACGUACAGUUAGUUUAAGAAAGGAUGACGAAAAUGAUUUUAAUUGAUUCUAAUUCUUCUUUAUGUGAGGAGUUAUAGUGUUAGACUACCAGGUCGGGAUUAUUCAGUCUGGACUCCUGCCAGAGGAGAUGUACUGUACUGCUAAAUAAGUCUUAUUUUCUUCCAAAACAAAGGUAGCCUAUUUUGUCUACAGAUAUUUUUUGCCAUUAUUGAAUGACCUCUGGCCAACCCCUGUUUGCUGUUUUGAUGUAGUAGAUUCAAAGGACAGAAUGUCUCGUUGAGGUGAGGGGGAUGAGGCCAGAGAGAGAGAGAGAGAGAGAAGAAAGGGCUGGUGCAGCUGAUCUGGACAAAUCUAAGCCUCCUCUGUCAGAUAUCAAUUGAAAGUAAUGUCAGCUGUGAGCUCACCUCCACCGUGCCCCUUGUUGGUUCAUGUCUAGCAGGUGCUUUGUCUUCAGUUGACCGUGUAAGCUCUACCUGCCUUUUCCAGCCUUAGAUUCAACAGAUCCUCUAAUGGAUUUGGUUUUCUCCUCAGACUUUUCUUUUUACAGUAUUCAGCAUCUAAACAGGCAGUACUUUUUUCAUUGUCAUCAUUCGUUGCACUGAUAAUACAUUGAAUUGAAACAACACAGACAUCAUUUCUUUUUUACAACAGCAGGGAAAUGCAGGCUUCAGAAUAGCCCAUAUGUGGGUAAUCAAUUGCUCGGGAACGAUUUAACGUUCCCCCCCAAAAUACUGCUUUGAUGAGGGAAUGCUAAAUGGCCUCAAGUGAAAUGAUGAGGCUUCAUUUGGGUAUUUGUUGGCAGUGCAUUUGACAUUGAUGAUUAUACUUGUUUGUGUAUGAAAACCUUAGGGAGAUUGACAGAAAGAAGCAGAUGAUAAAUCAUUGGAUAUCAAUGCUUCCUAAAUCGCUCUAAACACACAAAAAAACAGUAAAGAAAUUAAGCCUUUUGAUAAGCAAUUUUUGUAGCUUUAAAAACCAAUCUUAAUCUUAAACUGCCAGUAUAGAGUGAGAUCUGUUAAGAGAGAGAGUUUACCCAGAAGCUGCAAUAAUGUAUGAAAUCCUGUUGGAAGAUCUGAACUAAGGAUGUAAGCAAUUGCCUUCUGCCUGGAUCUUACACAAUCGCACAGUGAGAAGCCCUCUGAGACCCUGCCGUAAAAAGCUGUAACAGAAGAUAAGAGAAGAAAAAAUGAGAAGGAAUGUAUUGCUUUUGGUUUGUUCUUUUUUAUUAGUCUGACAUACCUAGUUGGAAGAUGUCGACUGUAGAGCUUGAGAAAUAGCUAUUUUUACACUUUGGGAUGUGAUCCAUUAGGAGACAAAGCUACCGGUAUGUAUGCAGUAUAAUUUGUACCAGAAUUGAAACAUUAUUCUGCAUUGAUUGAAAAGACUAUGCUCUUGUUGGUGGAUUUGUUAUCAUUUCAUGGAUCUAGAAAUGAUCCCCUCAUUGCAAUGAGACUCUGUGAUUUAUUUCCUACUGGUGGGUGGAAAUAGUACGCCACGAGAUCAAUUAUUAACACAAAAGAGCAAACUGCUAUUCCUAUGGAAGCGUGUAAAUGGAAUAACCUUUAGUUCUAGACAUGCUUUAGUGUACUGUUGUAAUGUGAAAUACUUGGCCUAUAUGAUUGUGCCCAGGCAUUAAAUGUAAUUCCCACAUAAACUUCCAAUUUACAUGAAUACUUCAACAGAAUGAAAACAAACUGUAGAAUUUAUUCACCCCCCCCCCCCCCCCCCCUUUGGCAAACCUCUCAAAAGAACCAUUCAAUUCCUAGGCUGUGACCUAAAUAAAGGUUUGCUUCUACAAGCUUUCUCAACAGAUCCCAUACUAAGUCAUCAUUACCUAACACAGCUACACUGGUAAUCUGGACAAAUGACUGCAUUAUCUGGCCAUUUCAAUAAACAAACUUUUAUGUCCAAUUAGUUGAAUAGUAGUGAUUGUAUGCAGAAUAAUUAUUUGUCAAGUUCAAAAUCCAUUGUGGAUUCGAUUGACAUGCUGCAACGCUAAAUUGUACCACCUUCACUGCUAUUCUAUUUAAAAGUUGAACUGUAGCAGAAAUGUAUGUUGACAUCUUCAAAUGAAAAUGUACCGUAUGAGAGAGAAAAAACAGGCCCAUAUCCAGCUGAGUUGAUAUUCAGGGACUGGUGUGUAGGUUGGAAAGGUAAGACACAACCAAGUAUGACGGCUUUGAUAUUCAAAGUAUAGGCCUAUAGUGUUGUCUUUGCACAAAUAGGCCCAGCUCCACUGAGUAUUGGAGGUUGAAUUGGUUAUGCCUGAGGCUAAGUGCUAAAAUGAAUCAUUACAUGGAAUUCAUUAUGAGCAGGGUUGCCAUACCCAGGUGUUAUUGAAUUCAUCUCUCAAAUUGACCUGAUUUAGAAACAUGGCUAAUAAUCAUAACUCCGCAAGAUUGAAAUAGGACAUAGAAAUAUGUUCCUGCUUGGUUCUCACAUGUUCCUCUUUCUCAUUUGACUACAAACUUCCCAGAUGGUAACCUUUGUCUCUUUUUUCAACUGAAUCUUCAAUUGCAUUCAUUAUUGAGGAAUGUUUUUUUAUGAAUAUGUGAUAUUAGUGUUCUCUAUUCAUAAGCCUAUGAGAUGGAGAGGUUUUAUAGUAGGACUAUGUUUUGUCCAGCUAAUGUGACAUGUUCACUUCCAGCAAAGUUCACCACUUACUCCAUCUUUUUGGCUUCUUUUUGUAAAUUGAGAGAGAAAUCUCAGGCCUACAUGUGGCCAACUGAGACAGACUUGAUCUCUAUGAUGAUGCUGUGGUGGAUUACAUACAACCUGUUGGUAUGCAAGCCUUCAAAAUCAUCACUGAGAAAUACGCAGCAAAGUAAAGGCUUUGCCCUGCUGAACACAAAGUAAUUUUCUGCAAGAGAACAAUUUCGAUCUGUUGACGUUUUUCCCCUUCAAUAGGUCUGCUUGGAUGAGAUUGUUUGAAACUUCUCUUUUAAGAGCCUGGUAUUAAAGUCAGGAGAAGGCAGCAUGACAUUGGUGCAUUAAAUAGUUUAUUUUCAUUCUGAAUGCAAGAUUGAUAAGGCUGCAACCCCACGCCUCAAUACCAGUGAAACAGAGGAAAAAAAUAAUUAACGAAACGACAAGGCAAAGACAGAAAAACAGGUUGAUCUGAUGCACCUUCCUGCUUAUUUCGGAAUAUCUGGAGUUAUUCUCACAGGCCUCAGACUACUAUUUCCAACCUUGUGAUCUUGAAAUAAUAAUUUCCUCCAAACUUUCCAAGGCACUGUUCCCGUUUUGUGAUCAUCUCUCAGCAUCAAAAUGAUGGCAUGUAUUUUGAAGUUUUAGAAAUGCUGUUGUCACUUUGGAGAAACUUUAGCAUUCUAUCUCUGUUGCUAAAAUUGUCUGAAUGUUGAUGCACAAAUGACCAUUUCUUAACACACCCUUUAUGUUUCUAUCUUUCACAGAUUGAUCCUAAGGUUGCCUUCCCCCGACGCGCUCAACCUAAGGUAAGAGCAAACCACCUCACUUACUGUUAGUGCUGCUAACUGACCAGUCAGCCUCAUUCUCUAAAGCACUUUUCUUUAUUAGCAACAGGACUCAUUUAAUUUAGGAAAAAACACUCCAAAGGCACUUGUGCUAUGAGCUUGGGAGCACUUCCAGCUCAGUUCAAUGUGUUUCUAGACCAAUCAUACUAUGAUGACUAUUUGUGAGUUUAUAAUUACAUAGAAGAAGAGAUGAUUGUGCUUGUGUUACUGUUAAGGAGAAAAACAUGGUCAGCAGCCUCCUUUGGAGAUUUCCCCUAUGCUGAUCCCAAUUGUACCAAAAUGAAGCAAUUACAAUAGAGAGGUGAUAUUUGACAUGUAGGUAACUCGUUAAUGAUGAGAGUAUCAUGUUUCAUAAUGGCAGAAUCCUGGCUUGGUCACUGGUUGUUUGUGUGUGCUACACACACGUGCGCGUGUGCACACACACUCUGUUUGUCGAGGUGGUGUUGGUAAUCAUGGUGUAGCCGCAGUGUUGAGAAGUGUGUUCUUUAUCCCCAUAUGACAAGCUUUGGGGUAGAGGGGUGAGCCUAUAGGCCAAUGUAGUGCUCCUCACAUCAGACCUUUUAGACCUGAAAUGGGUGGAGAUCGAUAAUGGAUUUUUCUCCUUCCCACCAGCUCACAGGGAGGUGUUGUUACUGAGCGGUUCAGGUUUCAAAUGGGGAAUUGGCAGUGAAAGCUUUCAAAGCCAGAGCACAUGGUGUCUUAAGGGUAUCGGCAUAUGGUUGAGAAACUACCAGCUUUUUUUCACUCCCUAAUUUGCCUGUUUGUCACUUUAACCUUUUAUCUUCCUCGGCUUGUCCCUGAACAUCUAAAACACAUAAAAAACAACCAACCAAUAUGUUUUUCCUCCGGAAAGCAACCUCCUCCCUGGAAGGCAUAGCUGUUGUGCUUAUUAUUGUAUAACCUUUUACAAAAGUAUGCUCUGUUUAGCUGGGAUCAACAACAUGGUAGAGAACAGAAUCACUCAGAGAUACAUAAAAAAAAAUCACAACCUUAUAAACAUCCAGUUUCAUUCUACUGCUCUUGUUACAUCACUGGACGAAAACAAUGACACCUCAACAGAAUUGGUACAGUAGUACAGAAAAACCUGCAGUUGAGAUGUUUUAGUCAGGCUGUAGGGCAAGCUCAUUACAGGAGAAAGGGGCUUUUAUUUGUAGUAUUAAGAGAAUGUGGAUUUCAAAGGAUCUCAAAGCAAUAGGAUUAAGGCAGAUAGAGUAGCAUGGCAUGGCUUUCUCCUUCAUGUUCAAUUGAUUUAAGGCCUUUAUAAGCAGUCUGGGCCUGAGGUUGCCAUUUAGAAAACACUCGUCAUCGUUUCUUUCCCCCCGCCUUCCUCAUCCUCUUCAGCCUUGCUGCUUGUUGCUGUUGUUUAAGAGGCAUGUCCCCAGUGAGAGAUGGGGUUCAGUGGGGCAGCUGCUAGGGCAGGCUGCAGGUGCCUCCGUGGCGCUGGUUUGGGGAACAAAAAUGUUAAGAGACCUAUCGGCUUUGGUUUCCUCAUGGGCUCACACCUCACUCCACCCUCCAUCUAUCAUGCACUGUAGCAUACUUUGUUUAUAGUACUGUGUUACUGUGCGUUAGGGAUUGUAGAUUUUGACCCAGGUACUUCAGACAUUGGUUUUCAGUGUAAACUUAAACGACUAAAACCAGAUCUAAAGUAUAUAGAAAAGAUAAUGGAGCUAUACAUUUUUUAAUAAGAUCAUCUUUGAGAACUAACAAUCACCGAAUAAAAUUGACAGUAAGGGAGUUUCUAAAAUUUAAAAAAUGGCAUGGAAUGGGUACACCAUUGAUUUUGUUAUAAUGUUUGAGUCACUCAGAUAGCAUAAGAACAUGGAAUAAGCCUUGGCCAAAUGUGUAGAAUUGCAGGAAAUUAGAAGUUGAAACAAUAACAAAGUGUCCUGGCCGCCCCGUUUUGGUAAAAACUGAGGGAUGGGCCUGGAGAAAUGUAACCUCUCUCAAAUUCAUAGACAGAGCUAUGGAUGGCAGGACUGACCAUCCAUGAUAUAAAAAUGAUAGUUUUAACCAUGUUUUGAUGCUAUACAGUGUUUGUUUACAUUUGCUUUGUUUACAAACAUUGGAGUAGAACAAGUUUAUAUUUUGGGUUCUGAUGGGGUACGACAGUUGAACUAAUAAGCUCAUGAGGCAUUUUAUAAGUUAUAUUCUUCAAGAAUCAAUGGGUACAUAUCAUUCAUUUAUAAGUCCAAAAAUGGACGUAGUAACUGCUGAUUGCCCCUUUAAAACAAUUUUUUUUCCCUCAGCCCCAUGACAAAAUGUGUAGAAUUUCAAAAUGUGAUGUAUGUGUGAGGUGAAUGGAGGAGUUACAGUAGGUAUGAGAGAGAAACGUACAGGUGCUGUUUCUCUCUUCUCCUCCUUUGUGGAGCUGUUCUCUUUGUGUUUUCACAGGAACAUGAAAACUGUGGGCUGAUGUCAGCCUGGUGUGUUUAGAAACCGAAGUGGUGGUUGCUGCCCACAUCGCUAGAGAUUGGUUUCUCAGAUGCCCGUUUCGUUACCGAUACCGUCGCUGCCACUGUUGUUGUUGUUUUCACACUGCUGAAUCACAGACAGUCAUAGCGUGUCCCAACAUGAUUUUAAUUGCCAGUGGGACUGUGGCCACUUUGCUGGGAGAUGAGCUCUGAUGACUUGUUAUGGAAAUGAAAGGAAGGAGCUGGGCCACUCAGAGAAGGCGAGUAGCGCAGCUUAACCCCUUCCUCACCGCCCGGCUGUCUCACCAGGGGCUGUUUGCCUCAUUAGGCUUCACUAGCAGCCACUAGUCGCCACAUCAAUGGCAGUCAUUGGGCUGCACUGAUGAGAUGAGCCUCUCUGUAGUGUACACAAAUAGAUAUGUUCUGGAUGUACUGAACAGUCUCUGAAUGAACUAAAAAGGAGUAAUACUGUUUACUUGGCUUGACAAUCACAAAGUUUUCAAAGUUUUAUUUGGUGCUGAAUUACAGUAUAUGUAGAUUUUAAUAAGGUAGAUGGAGUAACCUUCAAAUGUUGUCUGCAGCUAACUAAGUGUACCGUAGGAGGCCUGAGUGGGAAUAGAUCUGGGUUAUCAGUCAUAAAUACCAUCAAAGCAGUGGCCCAGAUUUCCCUGUGUGUCAGCUGUGUACUCUGCCUGCCUCUCUCUCCCUACUGCUGAGGGACUGCUGCUGCUGGUGGUAGUGUGGAGGGUAGGGGGAGGCGUGGCUGGAGUUUCUACUCUCUGGAAGGGCUAGAAUAGAUUCACUCUAACACCAUAUCCUCCCUCUUCCUCUUCCUCUUGUCUGGUCCUGGUCCCACACCUCUUUCUCUUUCUUUCUUUUCUUGUUGUGUGCUUCAUUUUUUGAGCUGGAGAAAAGCUCCCAGGUGUCCCAUGGUGCUGGAGCUGGGGACAAACGUGUUGCUGAGGGAGAAAACUCCUCUGCAAGUUUUUAA